CAAAUAAUUUAUUUUUAUUAUACUUUUUGAACUAUAAUUUAGUAAUUUUGUAAAUAAUAUUGUGAAAGUUAAACCGACGAUGUAUAUACGCGAGCCACUUGAUUGGCAAAUUCCUAAAACUUCGAUGAACGAUAAACUUUAAUGUAAACGUUAAAGUUUACAUUCAUUUGCUUGUAUGUACAUUUACGUAGAUAACGGGCAAUAUUUCAUGGAAUGAAUGUUGCAGAAAAUAGUUUUAAGAAUUUGUUUCGUGCAUGAUGUAACAGUUAACAGUCACACUUGUGUGCUUGUCCAGUCAUAUCGAUGCGUUUAAUAGUUUUAAUAUAUAUUGCAUACAUUGUGUAGAUACAUUGGUUCAAAAAGUUUUCAUCAGUGAACAUUAAAACAUUUAUAACGUGUUAACACUCCUGAUUGUACAAAAUUGCUUUAUUUAAGUGCACUUAAUUGUUACUCUGCGUGCAUUUCUUUGCAUUCUACAGAGACGAUAUUAUUUAUUUUAAAAAAUACCAAAUAUUUGAAAUAUAUUGUUAUUGCAUAAAAUGUUUGUAGAAAAUUCUACAUAAUAUUUAUGCAUAUUAAUAUCCUACAUUUUCAAUCUUACAUAUGACAUUAUAGUUUCUAACAUUAAUGCCAAUUUAGAAAGUUCUUAGAAAAAAAGUGCAAAGUAGAAAGUAAAGAAGUAGAAAAAAGUAUAAGUAGAAGCAAAAAUUGGAGCACAUCAGUAUUUGUUAUAGCAAAUAUAAAUUAUGAAAAUCAAAUACACACAUCUCUCUUUAAAAGCACAUUAUUUCUUUUUUAUGGCAAACAUAGGUGCUAUUUUCCCAUUUUUACCUGUUUAUGGUAAGCAACUCGGUGUUUCUCCAUUAGUAAUGGCUACCAUUACUAUCACUUGUCCUAUUUUAUAUAUAAUCGUCAAACCAAUAGUUGGUUUUCUUCUGGAUUAUUUUUACACCAAGAAAAAACUGAUCUUUAUGAUUAUACUCGUCAUUUCAAGUGGUUCCUACAUUAUGUUAUAUUUUUUACCGUCAUUGGAAGAACCAAUAGUAUUAGAUGAGUUUCAAAAUGUUUCUUGUGCAUCUUUAUCUUCUUGUGACGUAGAUUAUAAUUCCUCAAUAUCAUAUGACGGUAUGAAAAGCAUUAUGUGUCAUUGGGAAUGCAAGGAUACAAAUUUUUCGAUGCGGCUAUCUUUUCGUAUAGCUGAAAAGGAAGCAAUUAUUUUAUCAAAUACUACAUGUUUAUUAAAUAUUAACGAACUACCAUUAUGUCAAGAAAGGUCAACAGAAAAUAAUAAUUGCAACGUUACCUGUAAUAAUUUUUUUAAGGAUAAUAAUCUGUACACAUCCAUUACCUUCUGGGGAUUUGUCGUCUUAAUGCUUCUUGGCAAUACUGGUGUUAAUGUUUUCUUAUGUAUUACUGACGCAAUUUGUGCUCAGAUAUUAGGUAAAAAUACAGAAACGGAAUAUGGUAAGCAGCGUGUAUGGGGUGGAGUCGGUUACAGUUUAGCAGCACUUUUAACUGGAUAUACGGUGGAUACAUGGUCCCAAGGAAAAACCUACACAUCUUACACACCAGCGUUUCUUCUUGUGUUUGUAUUUUUCUGUGUCGAUUUGAUCUGCUGCAGAAAAUUAGAGCUGCCGCGUAUAUCAACGUCGACAAACAUAUUAGCAGAUGUAUAUGAACUUUUGAAAUACAAAUCCUUUGUUGUAAUGUUGUGUUUUGCUGCCAUUGUCGGUGCCUUGGAUGGAUACAUGCUUUAUUUUUUGUUAUGGUAUGAAGAAGAUCUUGCUAUGAAGACCGGUCAUAUGUGCAAAAUUAAAUUAAUAGAAGGUUUAACACUAGCCGCGGGAACUUUCGGUUGUGGGAUAAUGUUCUGUUUGUUUGGUAAAAUAUCACAAAAGUUAGGACAUGGUUACACCUUUAUUCUCUCUCUUACAUCUUAUGCAAUACGAAUGGGAUUAAUAUCUAUAGCACCGACACCAUGGUGGAUAAUUCCAGCAGAAUGUUUAAUGCAGGGUCCAUCAUAUGUACUUUCUCAUGCAACAAUAGUAGCGUUUGCAAAUGCAAUAUCAUUGCCUGGUACAUAUGCUUCUGUUCAAGGAAUAAUGGGAGGGACGAAAGAGGGUCUCGGUAUGGCUGUUGGUAAUUUUGUAGGGAGCAUUUUGUUGAAAAAAUUUGGUGGUGCGUUGACUCUACAAAUAUAUUCAAUAUUCACAGUAAUUUCUGCGUUGGUGUUUCUUCUACUUUACAUUACGCACUUAAAACAUAAAAUACCAGGCAUACGAAAUAAUAUUGAAUGGAAAAUGUCUUAUGAUGCACGAGGACGUUAUGUUGUAGCAGAAUAAUGACUCAAGAUCUGCUUUUUAUGAUAUAAAUAUUAUUUUUUAAUUACUUAGGUAAAUAUUAUCUAAAAAUCUGUCAGUUUUAUUAUAUUUUGUGCUGAUAUGCUGAUA